AUGUAUGCCUUUUGGAUGAAGGGCUGUGUAUAUAUACCUGCUGGUGGGGCAGCAGGAGCUGGAGCCGACAUAGGAGCUGGUGCAGGACCUGGAGCAGGUGGGGCUGGAACAGGAUUUGGCCCUGGAGGAGCCGGGACUGGAUUUCAGCCUGGUAGAGGAGUUGGACCAGGACCAGGAGCAGGAGGAGCUGGAACUGGUUUAGGAGGCUUUGGACCAGGAGCAGGUGGAGUGCAUUCCUCUGGGGGCUAUGGUGGCCAAGGACUGGGAGGAGUUGGCCCUGGAGGAGUUGGACCAGGGGGAGUAGGACCAGGAGGAGUCGGACCAGGAGGAGUUGGACCGGGAGGAGUAGGACCAGGAGGUUUCAGGCCCAGCACUUUUGGCCCUGGCAGUGGUGGAGUGGGAGUCGUACCUGGUGGUGUUGGGGCUGGUGGAAAGCCUCCAAAAACAGGAGGAGGCUACGGUAGUCAUGGAGGUGCAACAGGAGGGUUUGGAGCAGGACUGGGACCAGGUGGAGUCGGGUCAGGUGGUUUUGGACCAGGUGGUCUUGGACCUGGAGGCUAUGGAACUGGGCCUGGAGGAGUUGGUCCAGGUGGUUUUGGACCAGGACACACCAGUCUGGGUGGCCAAGGCAUGUAGUUUGUCUUCCUUGUGCACAACAG